CAAAUUUCGAAGCUCGUACGUGGCCAGUUCUUCUACGGACUCGGUGCGCGCGCAAGCAUUGACAAGCCCGCGUAUUCUCAGGAACUUUCGAAAUUCAAAUUUUCAAAAUGCAAACCAAUCAAAUAGAUGACGAACAAAUCACAAUGCUCCGGCGAGCGUUCAGCAUGUUCGACUCGAGCAAGCAGGGCCGCAUCGAGAAGGAGAAAGUGCGCACCAUCCUUAACACCAUGGUGCACAGCUUCGACGACCGCGAGCUGGACCAGAUCCUGGACAGCGAGGAUGUUGACGGCAGUGGCAAGCUGAAUUUCGACUCUUUCCUUCGCGUGGCCACCCAUUUCCUGGACGAGGAUGACGAAGCCUUACAGAAGGAGCUGAAGGAAGCCUUUAGACUCUACGAUAAAGAAGGAAACGGCUACAUACCCACAUCCAGCCUGCGCGAGAUCCUCGCGGCACUGGACGACCAGCUGACUCCGGACCAGCUCAACGAAAUGAUCGCUGAGAUCGAUACUGACGACUCUGGGACUGUGGACUUUGAUGAGUUCAUGGAGAUGAUGACUGGCGAUUAACUGGAGCGGUGGCGCCCUCACCGUCUAAUUUACACAUCCAUCGCAAUCGCUUUCAAAUGGAUAGCGAUUAUAAUGGCAAUAGCGACUUUUAAAUGGUGCCGAAGCUUAAUCUUGCACAUUACAUCUGUUUUUGAUAGAAUAAAUUAUCCUUAACUUUGUAACUACAAUUAUUUACAAAAUGUGUGUGAAUUCGGCAUGCUUCAUAAUAGGCUAGUUUCCCAAAAAAAAACUUUUAGGCUUUUUUUAAGACUUUUUUUAGACAUAUUUUUUUUUUAUUUAUAACAAGCAAUACGAAUUUUAUGAUGCGGUAACAGAAAUAAUAGUUUUUGUAUUAUUCUUCAUUCACUAAAUUGACAUAAAAAAUGAAUAAAUUGAACGAUGCAACUAAUAAAGAUAUUAUAUUAUAUCAUUCAAAAUCAAUUGCUUUCAAAAUAAAAUCGCUAUCAAAGACAGUUCAGUAAUGCCAUUUAAGUUCAAAGCGAUUGCAAUUGCGAUGAAUGAUGUAUUUACGCAAUAACCCCGAUCGUUGGUGAUAAAUAACACCUAAACGUAAAGAUACUCUAGUCACUAUAAUAAACAGAUAUUUUUAUUUUA